AUGCCAGCCCCGAGAACAGAAAAAGAGAUUAGAGGUUUCUUAGGAAAAUUACAGUACAUCAGUAGGUUCAUAGCUAGGCUCACAACUACCUGUGAACCAAUUUUUAAGCUACUAAGAAAGAAUCAGCCAGUGGUGUGGAAUGAGCAAUGUCAAGAGGCAUUUGAAAAGAUAAAGCGGUACCUGAGCCAUCCACCAAUUUUGUCACCACCCAUCCCUAGCAUCCCUCUAAUCCUCUACCUAUCAGUGGAAAACAUGGCCUUGGGGGCAAUGUUGGCACAAGAAGUAGAGAAUCUGGAGAGAGCCAUCUAUUACAUCAGUAAGAAACUCCUUGCUUAUGAGGAGAAUUAUUCACUAAUAGAAAAACCCAUCUGGUCAGUAGUAUGGGCAACUAAGAAGUUAAGGCACUACUUUCAGACCCAUCGAGUUAUUGUAGUAUCCCGGAUGGAUCCUUUGAAGUACCUAUUUGAAGUACCGACGCUAGUUGGAAAAUUGGCCAAAUGGUUGGUCCUACUGUCUGAAUUUGAUAUUGUGUAUGAGACUCGAAAAACCAUCAAAGGGCGUGUAGUGGCUGAAUUUCUUUCUGAAAAUCCAGUUAAUGAAGGGGAAGAAGUCGAAACAGCCUUCCCGGAUGAGAGUCUCAAGGUAGUAGAGGUCCAGCCAUGGAAAAUGUACUUUGAUGGGGCCAUGAAUAAGAGCGGAGCCGGUAUAGGGGUAGUUUUGGAAGCACCAAAUGGAAAACAAUUGUUAAUGUCAAAAAGGCUAUGUUUCCCAACCACUAAUAAUAUUGCAGAAUAUGAGGCUUGCAUUUGUGGCCUAGAGGCAUUAAUAGCUGUUGGGGCUAAAAAAGUGGAGGUGUUUGGAGAUUCAAUGCUAGUGGUUUCCCAUGUUAAAGGUGAAUGGGAAUUGAAAGAAGAAAAGUUGAGGCCAUACCUGGAGUAUGCUAAGAAACUAUUAUUUAGCUUUGAGGAAGUGACAAUGAAGCACAUGCCUAGAGCUCAGAACCAGAUGGCUGAUGCUCUAGCCACACUAGCAUCCUUAUGGGAGAAGGGUGAUCAGAAGCUGACCCAGCCAGUUAUCCUGAUGAGGAGUAGAAUCCCAUGCUAUGAAGGGUUAAUAAUAGCACAUUUAGAUCUAGAAGAUGAGAUGAAAUGGUAUGAGGACAUAAGAAGAUAUUUAGAGGUAAGAGAAUACCCACAGUCAGCAAAUAGUAGGGAUAGAGCUACAAUUCGCAGAUUAGCCACUCAGUUCACUUUGGCUGGGGGGCAACUCUACAAAAGGUUCUUCGAAGGACUAUUGCUCUUGUGUGUGACAAAAAAGCAGUAUGAGCAGAUAAUGGAGGAAGUACAUGCAGGAGUGUGUGGUCCUCACAUGAACGGAAGGGUAUUAGCUGGCAAAAUUUUAAGAUUGGGCUAUUAUUGGUCUACCAUGGAUACUGACUGUGCUAAAUUUGUGAAAAGAUGCCAUGAGUGCCAAAUCCAUGGGAAUUUGAAUCACCUACCGUCUAGUGAACUCUACAGUAUGACUUCACCAUGGCCAUUCUCAAUAUGGGGCAUAGACAUUAUUGGGAAGAUUUCUCCCACUGCUUCUAAUGGCCAUAGAUUUAUCAUUGUGGCAAUUGACUAUUUCACCAAGUGGGUUGAAGCUGAAUCUUAUAAAGUAGUAGGAGCUAAGCAGAUAAGUAAGUUUGUGCGAAAGAACUUGAUUUGCAGGUUUGGGGUACCCCAUGAGAUAGUAUCAGAUAACGGCAGCCAGUUCAAAGGAUUGACAAUACAAGCUGAGAGACAAAGUGGUGCUCAUCCUGAAGUGCCAGUAAGCUCUUUGACCACUGCUCAGAUGAUAAGCGGACUAUUAUAUGAGGUUCGCAAUGCUUCGCAAAUUUUGCGCAGGGGUGGCUCCUUACAGCAUGAGGAUUUGCUGAUGAUCAACUAUACAGUGUCCCAUGGUCUACCUGAAGAUUCUGAUCUAGAUCAAGAAAUAAAGGAUGAAAUGAUCGAGGAACUAGAUGAAUUAAAGGAGCUUAUGAUAGAGUAUCGCAGUGGACUAGCUGGGGCUGUUAUUGAGGCACGCAUGAAGCAGCAAAAGUAUGAAGCAAAUGUAGUAGGGUCUCCUAUGGAAGAUGAAAAAUGCAGCAUCUGUCAGGAGAAUUAUGCCGACGGGGAAGAUUUUGGGAAGCUGGACUGUGGGCAUUACUUUCACUUUGACUGCAUUAAGUAG